UGAACCCAGGCCUGUGCCCUUGCUUCCUAGAAUCAAGAUGAAUGCCAUGUUGGAGACCCCCGAGCUCCCCGCCGUGUUUGACGGGGUGAAGCUGGCUGCCGUAGCUGCCGUUCUCUACGUCAUCGUGCGGUGUUUGAACCUGAAGAGCCCUACUGCCCCUCCUGACCUCUACUUCCAGGACUCCGGGCUCUCACGUUUCCUGCUCAAAUCCUGUCCUCUUCUGACCAAAGAAUACAUUCCACCACUAAUCUGGGGAAAGAGCGGACAUAUCCAGACAGCCUUGUAUGGGAAGAUGGGGAGGGUGAGGUCGCCACACCCUUACGGGCACCGCAAGUUCAUCACCAUGUCAGAUGGUGCCACUUCUACAUUCGACCUCUUCGAGCCCCUGGCUGAGCACUGUGUUGGAGAUGACGUCACCAUGGUCAUCUGUCCUGGAAUUGCCAAUCACAGCGAGAAGCAGUAUAUCCGAACCUUCGUUGACUAUGCCCAGAAAAAUGGCUACCGGUGUGCAGUGCUAAACCACCUGGGGGCCCUCCCCAACAUUGAGCUGACCUCCCCACGCAUGUUCACCUAUGGCUGCACGUGGGAAUUUGGAGCCAUGGUGAACUACAUCAAGAAGACAUAUCCCCAGACUCAGCUGGUCGUCGUGGGCUUCAGCCUGGGUGGUAACAUCGUGUGCAAAUACUUGGGGGAGACGCAGGCCAACCAGGAAAAGGUCCUAUGCUGUGUCAGUGUGUGCCAGGGGUACAGCGCGCUGAGGGCCCAGGAGACCUUCAUGCAGUGGGACCAGUGUCGUCGGUUCUACAACUUCCUCAUGGCUGACAACAUGAAGAAGAUCAUCCUGUCUCACAGACAAGCUCUCUUUGGAGACCAUGUUAAGAAACCCCAGAGCCUGGAGGACACGGACUUGAGCCGGCUCUACACAGCGACAUCCCUGAUGCAGAUCGAUGAUAAUGUGAUGAGAAAGUUCCAUGGCUAUAACUCCCUGAAGGAAUAUUAUGAGGAAGAGAGCUGCAUGAGGUACCUGCACAGGAUAUACGUGCCUCUCAUGCUGGUCAAUGCUGCUGACGACCCCUUGGUGCACGAAAGCCUUCUAACCAUUCCAAAGUCUCUCUCAGAGAAACGGGAAAAUGUCAUGUUUGUGCUGCCCCUGCAUGGGGGCCACCUGGGCUUCUUCGAGGGCUCCGUGCUGUUCCCAGAGCCGCUGACGUGGAUGGAUAAGCUGGUGGUGGAGUACGCCAAUGCCAUUUGCCAGUGGGAAAGGAAUAAGUCCCAGUGCUCAGACACGGAGCAGAUGGAGGCCGAGUUAGAAUGAGGCCUCCGGACUCUGGCGUGCUCCAGCGGCCCUCCUCUGGAACCCACGUCUCUUUGACGGCUGUUUCAGGUCUCCCAGUGACCUGGAUCUGACCUCAUACCAUCAGUGGGGGGUUACCCAUCAUGCAACCUGUCUAAAGUAGGCGGCUCUCCCUGGGAGCUCCAGGCUAUUUUUGUGCUUAGUUACGGGUUUUCUCCAUUGCAUUGUUAGCCAUGGUGACAAGCUACAAGAUUCUCACCCUUCUGUC